AUCCCCAAGUCGACAGUUUCCAACUACUAUCUUACCACUCUUUGAGACCUUACCUUCAAUACAUCCAACAUGAAGUUCACCUCCGCCAUCGCUGUCGCUAUCCUUAGCGCCACUUCCCUUGCCGCCGCCGUUCCCGAACCCGAGGCCCGCUUCCACGGUGGCCAGCGUAAGUUCGUUGGCCAGCCCGUCAAGCGUGAGGCUGAACCAGGUGCGUUCCCGGAUGCUCGUUUCCACGGCCGCCAGCGCAAGUUCGUUGGUCAACCUGUGAAGCGUGAGGCCGAUGCUGAACCUGAGGCUCGCUUCCACGGCCGCCAGCGCAAGUUCGUCGGUCAGCCUGUCAAGCGUGAAGCUGAGGCUGAGGCCGAGGCUGACCCUGAGGCCCGUUUCCAUGGUCGCCAGCGCAAAUUCGUCGGUCAACCCGUCAAGCGCGAAGCUGAGCCUGAAGCCGAAGCCGAAGCCGAUCCUGAGGCUCGCUUUCACGGUCGCCAGCGCAAGUUCGUCGGUCAACCCGUCAAGCGCGAAGCUGAAGCCGACGCAGAGGCUGACCCUGAGGCUCGUUUCCACGGUCGCCAGCGCAAGUUCGUCGGCCAGCCUGUCAAGCGUGAGGCUGAGGCCGACGCAGAGGCUGACCCUGAGGCUCGUUUCCAUGGUCGCCAGCGCAAGUUCGUUGGCCAACCCGUCUAAACGUCUCGCUUCCUGCGGAAUACAGUCACGCAUGACCCUUGUCU